AAGGGCGAUACAAAUGUUCCUUGCAAGUAUUCUUCCAGUCUUUCUAGUCGUACCAUCGGCACAGCAUUCAUUCUCUCGAUAGACAAACACAUUCUUGCAGAUGCCGGUGCGAAUGCUACGAUAUUGGCCACGGUCAGUUGUGAGAAAACACGCGAAGGAAAACACGUGUACAAUGGGUAGUUGCGAUGCGCGAAAUCGCGAUUAUUACUGGUCAAUCCGCUUCAGUGCCACUGAUAACGAGCAGUUCGAUGUAUAAUUGUCUGUGGGGUUUCUUCUGCUAAGUCAGACACUUCAUAACCUGCGACGCGAUUGGAUGUGCGGAACACCUAUGGAAAUUGAGUCCUACUAAUUGGCAAGUGUGCUACGGGCGACAUAGAUCGAAAGUAUUGGUGAAUAUUAAUAAGACUACCGUCCCUGGAUUUAGAGUCAGUCGAUCAAAUGAGAAAACAUAGCUGCUGCUCGGAUUGGGAUAUUUUUAGUUUGCUCGAAGUGACUCGUUGACAAAACUAAUUAGUCUGAAUGUUUGGUGCGAAUUCCCAGUGAAAAUUACAAGUUUCUACACACAACCAAAUAAAGUUCCUUUUUAACAAGUAAAAACAUUCGCUGACGCAAAAAGAAUGUCCAGCGAAAAACAAGUUACGGCCUGUGAAGACUCAGAUGAUUGUCACCGGCUCACAGGUAAUCGCAACCUGCAGUUAAUACAACCAACUUUGAUUUCCACAUACUCUAAGGAUAAAGAUCUUAUCGAGCCAACCAAGGGGUCCGUAAGCGCCUUGACAAGGAGGGCUGGGAAACGGAGUGAUCGAAUGCAGGUUACGAUGAGCAUUCUUGCGAAUCUGACAGUUUUAUCUUCCGGCAUGGGAUUGGGUUAUUCGGCAAUCACGUUACACUCACUUACACAAGAGGAUGACCCGUUACGGCUAAAUCCGGAUCAGGCUUCAUGGUUCGCUUCCAUCAAUUCGAUUGCCUGUCCGUUUGGAGGACUAAUUGCCGGCUACCUGUUGGAUAGGAUAGGACGAAAAUGGACACUCAUAUUCAUCAACAUACUGUCUAUCGCCUCGUGGACGUUGAUUGCCAUUUCGAGUAGCACCAAUUUCGAUCUGAUGUACACCCAAAUCAUGAUCGCACGCGUGAUAAUAGGCCUAGUGAUUGGACUUGUCAGUGCAACGGCUGCAAUAUAUUCAGCGGAAAUUGCUACCCCAAGGUUAAGGGGCCGCCUGACGGUGCUGACAUCGUUAGCCAUAGCAGUCGGUAUACUCAUGAUCUACAGCUUUGGGUACGUUAUUCCGGAGAAUUUCCGCCUGGUGGCUGUAAUUGCGGCUGGAUGCUGUGUAGCCUCUUUACUGCUCCUAAUUCCACUGCCCGAGUCUCCUGCCUGGCUUUUAUCUAAGGAACGCGAGACGGAGGCGGAGCGCUCGUUAAAGAAGAUAAGAGGGUAUGGAAGUUCCUUGAAAACAAUUCCAGAGAUCGAACACGAACUUACCCGGUUAAGAGAAAAUAUUGAAGCGCAGAAAAUGGCCGGGAAGGAGUGUUUUAUAGAUAUGCUGAAACAACCGCAGGUUUAUAAGCCGCUCGGUGUGAUGAUAGGAUUUUUCGCGGUUCAACAGUUUUCCGGUAUUUUCGUAGUUGUUGUUUAUGCUGCAAAGGUGUCUUCCGAAGCUGGUGUCUCGAUAGAUCCAUUUCUUUGCACUGUGCUAAUAGGAAUUACCCGUGUUAUUGCAACUAUUUUGGUAGCAUAUAUUCUAGACACGUUGGGAAGGAAACCGCCGUCGAUCUUCUCCGGCGUUGGCAUGGCUGUUUGUAUGUUCGGCAUUGCGGCUUGUAUUUACAAUCCGCUUCCCGGAGGCUUGCGAUGGAUUCCAACCUUCCUAAUCAUAACAUAUAUUUUCACUAGCACGCUAGGCUUUCUCACAAUGCCAUUCUCAAUGACGGCAGAGUUGUUCCCCCAGAAAGUUCGAGGUCCUGCUUCGGGAAUCACUAUAUUUUUCGCAUAUCUUAUGUCAUUUGUAAUCAUUAAACUCUAUCCGACGAUGGUUGAACAAAUGGGUAGUGCGAAUGUGUUUAUUUUUUAUGGCACAAUUUCUGUGUUUGGAAUUUUGUUUGUUUAUUACAUCGUCCCUGAAACUAAAGGAAAAUCUCUGCAGGAAAUCGAAGACUAUUUUCGCGGUAAAUCGUCCACUCGAAGAUCGAGCAGAUCAGCAGAUGAUGACUGUGCGAAAUUAUCAACCUCAGUUGUAUAAAUUCCAACUCAUAAGUUUUAGUUUAUUCUUCUCACCAAGCUUAAUUAAUCAUUAUUAGUUAAUUAGAACAAAAUAAAAGUCGGCCUAUUUACGUUUGAUUUCCAAAAUAUUUUAUGAUGGUCAUCAAGGCAACAUUACCCGUUCUAAGUGGGAUGAAUUGAGCAAUUAAAUUCGUUUUGAGUAUGUUGCGCCACUCAGAAGUGCCGCCAAUUGGAAUAGUUAAAGUUAAUUUGACUUCAAAAUAAUAGAAUAACUCAACAUCUGCAUCUUGCGCUGAGGGGGCCUAGAUUGAUCUUAUUCAACUGUCAGUUAUAAGAAGACGUAUUAUCACUAUCGAUCCCAUAUCGAAAAGCCAUUAGCGUAACCGGUGCUGUGAUAUUAAAUUCUACUUCGGUUGCCAAUAGUCUGAAAAUUGAACCUAGAAUUUAAGUGGCCCUGAUUUAUAAUUAAUAGUUCUGAUUAGUAACGGUAAAAGCUAUUAAAUAGUGCGUAAAAAUUGGAUUUUCCAUCUAUAUUUGAGUUCCAUUAAAAUAAAAUCGUUGUUUU